CUUGGAGGUGACGAGAGCAGAGUAGACAGCAGGACCAUCUAUGUUGGCCAUCGGCCGUCGACCACUGAGGCCUUCAUCCCGCCCAAGUUCUGCGACAAUAGGAUUGUGUCCUCCAAGUACACAGUGUGGAACUUCCUGCCAAAGAACCUGUUUGAACAGUUCAGACGGAUUGCAAAUUUCUACUUCCUUAUCAUCUUCCUGGUGCAGGUGAUAGUGGACACGCCCACCAGCCCAGUCACCAGUGGCCUGCCUUUAUUUUUUGUCAUCACCGUCACAGCCAUCAAGCAGGGUUAUGAGGACUGGUUGCGGCACAAGGCGGAUAACGAGGUGAACAAGUACCCGGUGACGGUACUGGAAAAUGGCCGCAGAAUGGGCACGGAGAGCGAGAAGAUCAAGGUGGGAGACGUGGUGGAGGUGAAUGAGGACGAGACCUUUCCCUGUGACCUGAUUCUGCUGCAGUCUACCAGGGACGACGACACCUGCUUCGUCACCACAGCUAGCCUGGAUGGAGAGUCCAACCACAAGACACAUUACACAGUGCCAGACACGGAGAAGGAUCUGGACUCUCUCAGUGCCACCAUCGAGUGUGAGCAGCCCCAGCCUGACCUCUACAAGUUCGUUGGCCGUAUGCACAUAUACAAAACUGAUCGGGAGCCUGAAAUAAGGUCUCUGGGUCCAGAAAACCUUCUCUUGAAAGGGGCCACUCUGAAGAACACUCAGAGGAUCUGUGGAGUGGCUGUUUACACUGGCAUGGAGACAAAAAUGGCCCUCAACUACCAAGGCAAAUCACAAAAGCGCUCUGCGGUAGAAAAGUCCAUCAAUGCCUUUCUGCUGGUGUACCUGUGCAUCCUGGUGAGCAAGGCCCUGGUGUGCACCACGCUCAAGUACGUGUGGCAGAGUAAGCCGGGCCAGGACGAGCCCUGGUACAACCAGAAGACCCAGAGAGAGAAGGAGACAAACCUGUACCUGAAGAUGUUCACGGACUUCCUGUCCUUCAUGGUGCUCUUCAACUUCAUCAUCCCCGUCUCCAUGUACGUCACCGUGGAGAUGCAGAAGUUCCUUGGCUCGUUCUUCAUCACCUGGGACCGGGACUUCUACGACCCGGAGAUCCAGGAGGGGGCGCUGGUCAACACCUCAGACCUCAACGAGGAGCUGGGCCAGGUGGAGUACGUGUUCACGGACAAGACCGGCACGCUCACCCAGAACAACAUGGAGUUCAUCGAGUGCUGCAUCGACGGCUUCCAGUACAAAUACAGAGACGCGGUGUCGGAGCUGGACGGGUUCAGCGCUACCGACGGACCCGUGAGCAAGCUGCAAGAGAAGGCUGGCAAGGAGCGUGAGGAGCUGUUCCUGCGCGCGCUGUGUCUGUGCCACACGGUGCAGGUGAAGGAGCCCACGGGCCGGGGUCAGGACCACACGGACAGCAUGGCGGGCGUGGACGGCAUGGAGGGCUGUCCCCCGCCCCACGAGCAGACGGGCUUCAUCGCCUCCUCCCCUGACGAGGUGGCGCUGGUCAAGGGGGCCAUGAGGUAUGGCUUCACAUUUCUUGGAAUGGAGAGCAAGAAGAUGAAAAUCAUGAACAGAAGCAACGCCAUUGAAACGUAUGACCUGCUUCACGUGUUGAAUUUUGAUCCAGUGCGACGGAGAAUGAGUGUGAUAGUCAGAUCCAAAUCAGGUGAUGCGCUGCUGUUCUGUAAAGGGGCGGACUCGUCCAUCUUCCCCCGCGUCCGGCAGGAGGAGGUGGAGAAGAUCCGCGUGCAUGUGGAGCGCAACGCUACGGAGGGCUACCGGACCCUGUGUGUGGCCUACAAGAAGCUGAGCCCGGAGGAGUACGCCCGGGCCGACGCAGACCUGCAGGCGGCCCGGCUGGCCCUGCAGGACCGCGAGGAGAAGCUCAUCGCCGUGUACAACCAGGUGGAGGCGGGGAUGACGCUGAUAGGAGCCACGGCCGUGGAGGACAGGCUCCAGGAGGAGGCAGCAGAGACCAUGGAGGCGCUGCAGGGCGCGGGCAUCAAGGUGUGGGUGCUGACGGGCGACAAGAUGGAGACGGCCAAGUCCACGUGCUACGCCUGCCGCCUGUUCCAGCGGGGCACGGAGCUGCUGGAGCUCACGGUGCGCACGCUGGAGGAUGGCGUGCGCAAGAGGGAGGAGCGGCUGCACGACCUGCUGCUGGAGUACCACAAGAAGGCCGUGCAGGACGUCCCGCCCACCAAGCCCGGCGGCAGCAGGGGUUGGUCUAAGCCGAGCCAGGACUUCGGCUUCAUCAUAGACGGCGCCUCGCUCUCCAUGGUGUUCAACUCCUCAGAGUCCAGCUCUAGCCACUACAAGAACCUCUUCCUGCAGAUCUGUCAGAACUGCACCACGGUGCUCUGCUGUCGAAUGGCUCCUCUGCAGAAGGCACAGAUCGUGAAGAUGGUGAAGUGCUCUAAAGGAAGCCCCAUCACGCUGUCCAUCGGGGACGGGGCCAACGACGUCAGCAUGAUCCUAGAAGCUCACGUUGGCAUCGGCAUCAAGGGUAAGGAGGGCCGCCAGGCGGUGAGGAACAGCGACUACGCCAUCCCCAAACUGAAGCACCUGAAGAAGCUGCUGCUGGGACACGGCCACCUCUACUACGUCCGCAUCGCACACCUGGUGCAGUACUUCUUCUACAAGAACCUUUGCUUUAUAUUACCUCAGUUCUUGUACCAGUUUUUCUGUGGCUAUUCGCAACAACCCCUAUACGAUGCCGCCUAUCUCACGAUGUACAACAUCUGCUUCACCUCCAUGCCCAUCCUGGCCUACAGCCUCUUGGAGCAGCACAUCUGUGUGGAGGUCUUGCUGGACAACGCUACCCUCUACAGGAGCAUCGCGAAGAACGCCAUGUUGCGCUGGGUCCCCUUCCUCUACUGGACCCUGCUCGGGGUCUUCCAUGGCCUGCUCUUCUUCUUCGGUGUUCGCUUCCUGUUUGGUAACCCUGCGUUACAGGCCAACGGCCAGGUGUUUGGAAACUGGUCCUACGGAACGAUAGUCUUCACUGUGCUCGUUUUCACCGUCACGUUCAAGCUGGCUCUGGACACGAGGCACUGGACCUGGAUCAAUCACUUUGUCAUCUGGGGCUCCCUGUGCUUCUAUGUUAUCUUCAGCUUCUUCUGGGGAGGGAUCAUCUGGCCCUUCCUGAAGCAGCAGAGGCUGUACUAUGUGUUCGCCCACAUGCUGAGCUCGGCGUCGGCCUGGCUGGUCAUCGUUCUGCUCAUCCUGCUCAGCCUGCUGCCAGACAUCCUGCUGGUGGUGCUGCGUAAGCCCCUAGGGCCUCGCGCACGGCAGCUUUCAGAGAACUGCCAUCCACAGACAUUCAGAUUGCAGCUGUUACACCACUAUCCUACAAACAUCUCAAGGAAGGAGAGUAGCGGGGGCCAUGAAGUAGUAGAACAACAAGAACAGCACCAACAACAGGAACCUUUCAGGACCUCAUUCCAGUCAGGACCCUAGUCCGUCCGCCAUCUUGCCUGAUGUAAAAGAGUCAUGUUAAUGGUUAAAAAGAGAGACUGAAGACGAGUCAAGUAAAAGAGAAGCCAACCAAUUCCAGGAGGGGGGGGGGAGUUCAGAGAUGUCUACUGGGGGGUGGGGUUGGACAUGCUGGUGCUGCGCCCCUCCCUGCCCUACCUCCCUCCCGUCUCCCCCCUCAGCAUGUCCUGCAGAGCCGCAAUAGCCCCCCCCCCCCCCCCAAACCGGCCCCUCCCCUUGUUUCCUUCGGUUCUGGGCGGAAUGGACGGACGACUGACUCGGAUGACGGGCAUGUGUUUCUUCACUUUCUUUUUUUAAUUUUAUUUUCAUUUCUUAAAUUUUCUACGACUUUGUGCGCCUUCUCAGAAGAUCUGCGUCCCUAGCAACGGUUCCCUCUGCAGCAACAGAACCUCACUAGAACCGCUCGCGUUCUGAACCGUGUUGCUCCAGCCACCAUCAGCAAGGAUAUCCCUUCUUUUGGUUUGCACCAUGUUCCAUGACAUAAGAGUGCCACUUUCGCAAGUUGUUUUGCUUUUUUUCCUUCCACUUUUAACGGUUAAUGCACUAUCCACACUAUUUACAUGUAUAUUUUUGUUCCAUUCCAAAGGCUCCAGCAUGGGUUGUUUUCUGCAGGUGAAACAUUGUUCCCGUACUGUAAGACAGACGGUUCAGGAUAGAGGCAGGGAAAACGAUAAACCAGACCUGUCUUCUAAACAGAGAUUUAAACCGUGUCACAGGGUUCUGCAAUGGAUCUGCCAUGGUUCCUGACUUCGCUAACGGUUUGGUGCUUUGAGCUUGACCUAAAUCUUCCAAUCUCAGCGAAAAAUUAAUUGAAGAGGUCCCAGUUUUAGACGAGAUGAUUUCGUAUAUCUGCUGCACUGUAAAUACCUUAGAGAUUUAUGAUAGUUUAAGCUCAAAGCCAAAAAUAAACACGUGUGACGCGAAAGGCAUGUGUAUAAUGCCCUCUAUUCUAGCUAGCAGGAGUGAUGUUGUACGAUGGUUGUGUGUUACAGAGGUGCGUAUAUAGAGAGUAUAUUUGAGUGUAAUGAGCUGCAUAUGCUGUGUUGUAUGCAGUGGCAGACAAGAUAACUUGAACCUCGUAGAAAUAGUAUGGUCGCCAAAAUCUGCACUAUGAGGGCCCGUGGAGUUUCCCGCCAAAUCUAGCUGCCGAGGGUCAUGUGACUUGCCUGAGUACACUGAAUCAAACCAGAUCGAUAGAUGCCAACAUGUGCGCGUACACAAUGUCCAAACACACACACACACAAACACACACACGCAGACACUCCCACACACACACUCCCACACUCGAUACAUGAAUAAACGCACUCAUGCACUAAAAAGCCUAAUUGAGGUGUAUAUUCAUACGGUCCAUUAGCUGUGUAGUUUUGCCACUGUUUGUCUCGGGAAGGGUUAGCAGGAGCUUGGAGAUGGGUCGCCAAGCUUCCUCAUCCGCUCUGCACCAGGUCAUUGUACUGAAAUGAAUGCCACUGGGAGGCAUUUACCUCCUCCACCAUUACCCACCCACACACUCACUAUGCCACCAGUCAGCUUCAGCCAUAUCUAUGUACAGGACAGAGCGAGCCAGGGGGAUUGAGUGGAAACCGUCCCUACCUUCUCCGCCCCUUCCCUGCGUCCAAACCAGCCACCUUUUUAGCGCUUCUUGCAUUCCAUGCCAUGAUUUGAAUCACUUUAAGAUAUACUGUUAUGUCGAUUAUAUUAUAUGCUUUGUUCUAUUUAGUUUUCUUUUUCAAACAAAUCUAUCUAUUUGUCAUAUUUAUUUAAGCUUGAUUUUUCUCACAAAUUCGUAUAUAUUUUUUAUUACGUGAAUCUUUUUCGGUUUGUCGCAUAUUUUUACUGUGGAGAAGAAUUGACGUUGUGCCAGUUGAGUGUGUCGACCCCAGACGGCUAUGGGGCGAGUCCCAUUCGAUGUCCUUCUCUCUCUCUCUCUCUCUCUCUGUGUGGGUAUGUUUUAUUCAUUAGUCCAGAGCCCCCCCUAUACACGGUUCUCCCAACCGCCCAAAACGUGUGUCGCCGAUUAUUACUAUUCAUUUUUCAAAUCCCCGUUUUUUGUCAGUGAACACUGACAUGGAAGAGCACUGCUCUCUCGUGGGCCGGUGACAACGUGCCCUGCUCUCGUUUGACCUUUGACCCACCCGUGUGUUGGUUCUGAGACACGGCAACGAGGUGGCGAUGGCAUGAAGCCGACGCCGGUGUCGGUACCACUGGUUCCCUGCGGAUGCACCACCGUGACUUUAUAUCAUGACUUGUUUUGUACACAGGAGGCUCCCGUACCAGCCAGGCCGGUACGAUCAAGUUCGAGAACGAGAACAGGCCUCUGAUGCUUUUUAACGCGUUUUCAUUUGUGUUCUUAAAUGGGGUUAAAAAAAGAAAGGUUGUUCAGAACCUUGUUUCUAUUGAAUGUUUUUUAGUGUUUCUCCGGGGAGCUCACUAACGGCUAACAGGAGAGCUAAUGUACGUGGCGUUAUGUCCAGAGAGGUUACAUUACCCUCUACUCUGGCGUACCAUACCCCCAGAGAUUACCGUCACUGGGGCCGGGGGCUCAACUGAGAGGGAGAGGGAGAGGGGGGGGGGGGGGGGGGGUGCUGCCUGCUUGGAUGACAAACAAACCUUUAAACCAGAUACCAGAGAUGAUAUUUUCAAUGCUUCAAAGAAACAAAAUCCUGGAUUCUAAUGUAUUUGCUUGACUAAAUGAAAAAAUAAAAAAAACGAGAAAUACUUUUAAUGCAAACUUUUUUCAGCCCCCUUUUUUUAUAAUAAAAAUCGAUAACCUCAAAAUAAAAAAAAAACGACAAAGAAAGCACGCGAGGCUCGGUCAGUUCAGAGAAUGUGGGUGGAUGUGCCAAAGAGGCAGGGAGGGGGGGGGGGGGGGGGGGUUUACUGGUCAAGUUUCUACCCUUCCACCCCUCACAUCGGGGAAACCCCCUCCCUCCUCUGGCCUGUUGGGUCCUCAGCCUCCCCUCUCAACCUUCAAGAUGAAUGUACCUCUUUAUGACCAGUAUGUUCAAUACCAGAUUUUCUGUAAUAAAGCAGAAUGUUUUGAAAAUAA